CGUGUGUGAAUGCACAAAGUGUGCGGCCCUCAGUGGAAAAAGUUUGGACACCCCUGGCCUAAAUGGUCGCGUCUGUGCAGCUGUGUGUGAUGGAAGGUGUCCAGGUAGAGUGGAGAGACAACAAAAGAGAGACAAAAGGCAAAGUUGGCCAAACAGUCCCUGGAAAGGUGAGCGAAGCAAUUCAGAGGCAGACGUUCUUGGCUCGGACGCAGCGCUCAUGUCAGGAUUAGGAGCCGGGGACGCGGGACCAACCGGUGAUCUGCAGGAUUCCCUCCCCGGACAGCUGUGACAACAAUAUCCCCCAUUCCCAUUUCCGACGUGACCAGCAUCCAACAUGCGUCUCCUCGCCGCCCUGUGCCUCCUUCUUCUCCUCCGGUUCGGCGAGCCUCGCCGGGGAAAGCCCGAGUGGGGCCGUACGCGGGGUAAGGGCAGGGCCGGCGUCGUGAGGCGUCAAACGCAAGAGUGUAAGGAGUACAUAGAGGCGGGGGACAAGUACCUGGACUGCCAGGACAGACAGUUGACCGCCGUGAUGCAAGACUGGCCCAAAGACAUCAACCACCUGCUGCUGGCCAGGAAUAAAAUCCAGGUUCUGAGGAACAACAUGUUCUCCCAGUUCAGCCAGCUAAAGAGCUUGGACCUCCAGCAAAAUGACAUCUCCAUGGUGGAGGAGCGGGCCUUCAGCGGUCUGACCAAACUCAGGACGCUCCUGCUGCAGCACAACAGCUUGAAAACGGCCUCGGAGGAGGUCCUCCUCCCCAUGCCCCGCCUCACCUACCUCCGUCUCUACGACAACCCCUGGAGCUGCCGCUGCCCGAUUGACAGCCUGAUUAGGACCCUGCAGGUGCCAACCAACCGCAACCUGGGCAAUUACGCCAAGUGCGCCGAGCCUUUUUCGCUGAGGGGCCAGAAGCUGAAGAAGCUGAACGUGGACUCGUUAUGUGCAGGUGACAAAGAGGCGGAUGGGACUCGACCAAAGCCUCCAGUCAUCAACAAGCCGGUGGUGACAUCCAUGUGCCACACCUACAUAUUCCCCAAACCUCUGCUGGACUGCAGCAACAAAGAUCUGACAAACAUCCCGCCCGACCUUCCUUCCGACAUCGUGAAGAUGGAUCUUUCCGGAAACAACAUCAAACAUCUCAGGCCCAAGCAGUUCCUGCUGUCCAAAGACCUCAAGCAGCUCAACCUCAGCAGCACCAGCCUGAACCACGUAGACCCAGGCGCGUUCGCAGGCCUGCUCCACCUCCGCGAGCUCGACCUGUCCAACAACAGCCUCCAUUACUUCCACUACGGCGUCCUGGAGGACCUGUACUUCCUGCGCAAGCUGUCCCUGGGCCACAACCCGUGGAUCUGCGACUACAACAUCCACUACCUGAUCUACUGGCUCAAGCUGCACCCGGGCGUGGCCUACACGGGCCUCAAGUGCUCCGAGCCGCAGGAGUUCCGCGGUUGGCGCGUGGAUGACUACGUGAAGACCUACAACGGGGAGUGUCCCAAGGAUAGACAGACGGGAGCGGGGGACACGGGCCAGGGGGAAAACGAGGCGGCGGGGGAGACGGACGAGGGGGUCCCGUCGAACCCCUUGAAGGAGAAGAAACCAAACCGGUUUGAGAUUAUCAGGUUGAGUUAGGAUGCAUGAGGAUUCGUUGGGAUUCGUUUUUCUUCUUCGACAAACAUUCAGGUUUGAUGACACCUUUUUGUCCUAUUUUGUGUGUAAAUAUUACAAAGGAAGUCCCACUUUCGUCAAUAAAAGUAGCCACAAAUCCCAACAGCUGCUCCAAAAACACAACACAUCCUUUAUCUUUCAAUUGUCUUUUGUGUACUAAUGAAUGGUAAUUUAGAUCAGAUGUUUUGGAAAUAAAACUGUCUAUUUUUUUCCUGAGAUUAUUCUUCAUCAACAGGCUUCACGAAAAGAUUUGGUGUCAGACAAAACAGACUGUAAUAAUAAAUGAUGGAACUAAUAUCCAGUGGUUUUAUAAUUGCACAACAAAAUCAUUGCCAGUAGUGAAGGGCGGGUGCUUUCAAAGGCGCUUGGAUGUGAUUGGCCUGAUCAUCUGUCAAUCACCAGUACCAGCCUACAGCGUUGCCAGAUAAUAUACGUACUGUAUUUGUUUAUAGUUUGAACCUCUGUACAAUAGCUCAUUCCAGUCAAUGGUAAUGCUUUCCUGUUGCACAUAUCCAUCAGAAACGUCAAGUAUGUACGAUAAUUUCCCUCAAAAUACAAUCAUUUAAACUAUCCGGUGCGACAAUUUGACACACACAUGGCAACCUGUAGGCUCGUCACAAACCCGGAAGUUUUCCGGCAGUUUACUUCCGGGUUUGUGACAAAGUGGCGAGUCACCUACCCUUUGACGUUUUCGUCGGUGUCUCCAGGUGAACAGGAUCAUUGGGAACAGGUGGGUGCCAUGAUUGGGUAUGAAAGCAGCUUCCAUGAAAUGCGGAUCUGACUGAAAUCUACAUCCACUGGGCAUGAUGUCAUCACACAUCUUCCAAUGAUCGGUUUCCGCUGUCACUGGUUCUCAGGAGCCGAGAACAUGCCCGCGGUGCCAUUAACCGGACGGGAGUUAGUCCUGAGAAGAACUCCGGGCCUGCCGUAGCUCUGCAGCUCUUCCUGCUGCACCUGAAGGCCGUUACGAGACAGGAGCUCCUUGGCCAUCAUCAUGAAGGCCUCCUCCACGUUCUGACCAUCCUGCACACGAGCGUAGGAACACGACCUUCAUGAGCGCAAUAGCAACAACAAAAAAGUGCGAACGGUGAAAUCCACUCCGAUGGUGUUCUGCUGCUUUUCCGAGAACACCCCCGACCUGAAGUUCUGCACCACGCAGGUCUUCCCCACGUUGGAGUCUCCGAUCAGGAUGAUCUUGAACAGGUAGUCGAAGAAAUCGUCGUGCUCGGGUCCCGGGGUCUGCAUUCUGGCCCCUUCUGCUGAUGCUGUGUGACGUGGGUUGAGGGGGUUUUUUAAGUAAGAAACGCAAGUCAAUAUGCACAAGCAAAUAUAUCUGACCGCAGGCGGAAUGAGUCCUCAUGUGUUCCUGCCAAACCAGUUCUGUAGCCUGUAGAAAGUGUCCAAUUGAGCUGUUCAAAGGUUAAAAGGCUCUUCGCAUUUUUUCCUUUUGGGCUUUGUUUUUGUCUUGGAGUCUCUCCUUUCUCAUACUGGUGACCUUCAAGGGCAACUGCGACAAAAACAUCCUUUCAUUUCCCUGCGUCGUUCCAGUCAGAGAAACUUCUUUGCCUUAAUCAAAAUACCCCAAAAUGUUGCGUUUUCUUCAGUAAUCCAACUCUGUCCGGAAUCCCCCUGCUUGUCCGUCACACAUCCGCCUAUACAGUCAGGACUCUCCUGGCACCUGUACAAACAAUAGACUCCCGCCCUACCUGCUCUGCAAACAUUAAACAAAACCCCGCCCCUUUCACAGCUACAGGAUUGUGGGAAAUGCAGUCCAUUAGCACCAGACCUCUUUGGAAUCGUUACGUGUUUAUCCGCGAUCAUGCAGUUUAAAACCGUGAAAUGUGCAAACUCUGCUCCUCUUACGGGCUCUCAAAAAAGCGCCAGACAGUAUUUUAGUAUGAUAUGAGAAGUGAAUAUGAUAGUGAAACUACUUUGCAGUGGUUGGAGUGCAAUGCGGCAAACUGUUUCUCAUGUUCAGACCUCUUCACGGAGCUGAAUAGGACUUCUACACCAUUACAAACUAUAUAUUUAUAUUCCAGUUAAUUGUAAAAUGUGACACUUUUGGUUCAUAUGGAGAGCAUUACAUGCUACUUUGGUUUCAAAUGUCUUACUUCACAGGUUUUUUGUGGAUACUGUCACGGUCUGUUUGACUGGUUUUGGGUUGUUUUUCCUGUGUUUCGUGUUUUCUUCAUGCUUCCUGUUUAGGUUUUGUCUUGCAGUGACUUCACCACUGUGUCUGAGCACUGUAGUUCUUGAUUUUAGUGAUCCGAGGGACAACACUGAAUUGACUUGCAACACUAACCACGUUUCCACGCACCAAAUUAGUCAGAUUUUUCAAAUAUUUUGUUUU